AUGUCCUCCUACCUCUCCAUCGCCCAAAUCCCCAUCCUCAUCCUCGUCCUCUGGAUCUUCUCCGCCUACAUGAUCCGCUCCUUCCCCACCAUAACCGGCAAACGCAUCUGCCUCCUCAUCGCGCACCCGGACGACGAAGCCAUGUUCUUCGCGCCGACGCUCCUCGCCCUCACGCGGCGCGAACUGGGCAACCAAGUCGUGAUCCUCUGCUUCAGCAGCGGCGACGCGGACGGCCUCGGCCACAUCCGCAAAGACGAGCUGGCGAAGUCCGCGCUGCAGCUGGGGUUGAGGUCGAGCGAGCACGUGGUCGUUUUGGAGGAUGGCAAGAAUUUUCCGGAUUCCAUGACGGUGCGGUGGGAGGCGAAGGCGGUGGCGGGGGUGUUGACGAGGUAUUUCGCGCCGAAUCUUUCGAGUACGCCCGUGAGCGCGGAGCCGACGGCGAAUAUUGAUGUGUUGAUCACGUUUGAUGAGGGAGGGGUGUCGGGGCAUCCGAACCAUGUGUCGCUGUUUCAUGGGGCGACGGCGUUUAUGAGGGGACUGAUGCAGGGGCGGAGUGGGUGGGAGGCGCCGGUGAAGAUGUAUACGCUGACGUCAACGAAUGUCGUGAGGAAGUAUAGUAGUGUCUUGGAUUCGGUGUGGACGGUUGUGAGUUGUAUUUGGAGGACGAAGGAGAGGGGGGCGUUUCCUACGCCGCUGUUGAGUGUGAGUUUGCCGGGGGAUGUGAGGAAGGCGCAGUUGGCCAUGACGACGGCGCAUAAGAGUCAGAUGCGGUGGUUUCGAUGGGGGUGGAUUGGCAUUUCGAGGUAUAUGGUCAUUAAUGACCUGACCAAGCAGAAAGGCUUCUAG